UUGCCUCUCCGGGUAAGAUGGCGGAACGCGGUUACAGCUUUUCGUUGACUACGUUCAGCCCAUCUGGUAAACUUGUCCAGAUUGAAUAUGCUUUGGCUGCUGUAGCUGGAGGAGCCCCUUCAGUGGGAAUUAAAGCUGCAAAUGGUGUGGUAUUAGCAACGGAGAAGAAACAGAAAUCCAUUCUGUAUGAUGAGAGAAGUGUGCACAAAGUGGAACCAAUUACCAAACAUAUAGGCUUGGUGUAUAGUGGCAUGGGCCCAGAUUACAGAGUACUUGUGCACAGAGCUCGAAAACUAGCUCAGCAAUAUUAUCUUGUUUACCAAGAACCCAUUCCCACAGCUCAGCUGGUACAGAGAGUAGCUUCUGUGAUGCAAGAAUAUACCCAGUCAGGUGGUGUUCGUCCAUUUGGAGUUUCUUUACUAAUUUGUGGUUGGAAUGAGGGACGACCAUAUUUAUUUCAGUCAGAUCCAUCAGGAGCUUACUUUGCCUGGAAAGCGACAGCAAUGGGAAAGAACUAUGUGAAUGGAAAAACUUUUCUUGAGAAAAGAUAUAAUGAAGAUCUAGAACUUGAAGAUGCCAUUCAUACAGCCAUAUUAACCCUAAAGGAAAGCUUUGAAGGGCAAAUGACAGAAGAUAACAUAGAAGUUGGAAUCUGCAAUGAAGCUGGAUUUAGGAGGCUUACUCCAACUGAAGUUAAGGAUUACUUGGCUGCCAUAGCAUAAUGAAGUGACUGAAAAAUCUGGAAUUUCAGAUAAUCUCUAUACUUAAACAUGUUUAAAAUAUGUUUCAUUUUGCAAACUUUUUGCAUACUUAUUUCUACAUGAUUUAAUGGACCGAUGUUUUUAAAAUGAUACUUAUAAAUCAUACACUGUUAAUCCAACUUCCAGCUUUUCAGGAGUUAGUAAAAUUUUAAAAUAGUUGUUUUCUGCUUUUUAUCACAGUUGAUUUCUGGAAACUACAUUGCAAAACAGAAUGGUAAAGUCACUCUUUAGUCUUCAUGUAAUUUUGGUUAAGUCAAAUCUUAUUACCCUCUUUACUACUAGAUUUUGUCUAUCCUUCAGUAAAGCAAAAUGCUGAUUUUGGUAAACAUUUUUAGAGCUGAGAGAAUCUGCAGAUGUUCUGUGUAUUCAUGAGACAAGAUAGGAAGCAUAGAUGUUUCUUAGGCACCAUUAGAUGUGGGUCAAUGAAAUCCUAGGAUGUUCUGUGAAAUAGCACUGGAGCUUAGGAGAGUGCUUAAGCCAAAUAGUCUCCUACAGGAUAUAUAUUAUGUAAGUAAGUAAGAAGUUAUGUGCUGGUUUUUGUUGGUUUCUCUACCACAAGUAGGUAAAUGUAUUGUAAAAGAUGUCCUUAGUUCUACUAGACUUUUUUAACUCAAGGAUGAACAUGAGUGCUGGAAAUAAAAUACUGAUACUUAAGCAUCAAAA